GGUCGUGAAAAUGGCUGCGGCCUUAGGGGAGGAAGAAGUGGAUAAUGAUGAUUACUAUUCGCUGUUAAACGUCAGGCGGGAGCUUAACAGUAGUCUUUUUAUAACUUCUUCCGGAAAGCUGCCCUUGAUCAUCUGUUAACGUCCUAGACAUUAAAGUGUAGCAACACAGGAAGAACUGAAGUCAGCCUACCGCCGACUUUGCAUGCUGUACCAUCCUGACAAGCACAGAGACCCUGAGCUGAAAAGCAAAGCAGAACAACUCUUCAACCUUGUACACCAAGCCUAUGAAGUGUUAAACGACCCUCAGUCCAGGGCUAUUUAUGACGUGUAUGGGAAGAAGGGACUGGAAAUGGAAGGAUGGGAGGUUGUCGAAAGGAAGAAGACACCAGCUGAAAUCAGGGAAGAAUUUGAACGCUUGCAACAAGAACGGGAGGAGAAGCGACUUCAACAGAGAACAAAUCCUAAGGGAAUAAUCAGUGUUGGUAUUGAUGCCACAGAUCUGUUUGAUCGUUACGAUGAAGACUAUGAAGAUGUGCCCGGAAAUGGCAUCCCCCAAAUUGAAAUUAAUAAAAUGCACAUAUCCCAGUCAAUUGAGGCACCCUUGACAGCCACUGACACAGCCAUCCUGUCUGGCAGCCUCUCCACGCAGAAUGGCAAUGGUGGAGGAACAAUCAACUUUGCUUUGAGGCGAGUCACUUCUGCAAAAGGAUGGGGAGAGUUUGAAUUUGGUGCUGGUGACCUCCAUGGCCCUCUUUUAGGGAUGAAGUUCUUCCGCAAUCUCACACCUCAAUGUUUUGCCACUGCACAGUGUGCUAUGCAGUUUUCCUCCAGAGGGAUCCGCCCUGGCCUGACCACAGUGGUGGCUCGACAUCUGGACAAAAACACCAUGGGUUACAUACAGUGGCGAUGGGGUAUUCAGUCUGCUAUGAACACUAGUAUUGUGCGUGAUACUAAAUCAAGUCACUUCACAAUGGCACUACAGCUUGGAAUCCCCCAGUCCUUCAUGAUGGUCAGUUAUCAGCGUAAGUUUCAAGAUGAUAACCAAACAAAGUUAAAGGGCUCUGUCAAGGUUGGAUUUUUUGGAACAGUCGUGGAGUAUGGGGCUGAGAGGAAGAUCUCAAGGCACAGUAUUUUAGGGGCUACUGUUAGUGUUGGAGUACCCCAAGGUGUUUCCUUGAAAAUCAAGUUAAAUCGUGCCAGCCAGACAUAUUUCUUUCCUGUCCACCUCACUGACCAGCUGUUACCCAGUGCUGUAUUCUAUGCCACUAUUGGGCCUCUAGUGGUAUAUUUUGCCAUUAAUCGACUCAUUAUUAAACCAUACCUCAGAGCACAAAAGGAAAAGGAACUGGAAAAGCAAAGGGAAGACUUGGCUGGAGACAUUGCAACAAAGCGUCAAGAAGCUGAAGCAGCGGUGCUUUUGAUGCAGGAGUCUGUGAAGAGAAUAAUUGAAGCUGAAGAGUCUCGGAUGGGUUUAAUUAUAGUAAACGCCUGGUAUGGAAAAUUUGUGACAGACAACAGUAAAAAACACGAAAGAGCAAAAGUGAUUGAUGUUACUGUUCCACUACAGUGCCUAGUGAAGGAUUCUAAACUCAUUCUAACAGAAGCUGCUAAGUCUGGUUUACCUGGUUUUUAUGAUCCAUGUGUUGGAGAAGAGAAGAGCCUGAAAGUAUUGUAUCAGUUUAGAGGUGUUCUACAUCAAGUGAUGUCUGGAGAUACUGAGCCACUACGGAUACCAAAACAGUCCCACAGAAUUGAUACAGAUUGAUGUUUGUGGAACACUAGGAACUCAGUUUUAACUGGACUGAAUUUCACACAAAGGAGAACACUGCAUUUUUAACCUUGGCACUGGAGUUUGUUCCUAUACAUUUUCCAUCAAAACCAAACUACAUCCUGCCUCAAAGGUUCACCAGGAAUCUCCCCAAAAGGGCAACAUUUAAAGGGACUGUUUUAGUGCGUGUAUAUAUAUCUAUAAAAAUGAAAAUCUUGUUAAUUGUAUAACUUUAUACAUGCUGCACUGAUGUAUCUGUUUGGUUAUUUUUGUUGGUCUGACUCGAGAUAUUUCAUGGCCACAGCUAUGGAAUAUACAGUAAUUAAAAUCCUCCCACACCCCCUCCAAAAAAUUUCUGCUGAGCCUACUUACAUCAGUAAAGUAAACAUUGCAAAGUAACAGCAUAUUGUGGUUAAAAAAAGACAAAAAGGUAGGUUGCUGUAGAGUUGUCCUCUAAAUGAUUUUAUAUUUUAUGGUUCUUUUUAUCAUAUUUAUGUUUUGUAUAAUGCUUAAAUGGUUCUCAUUAUUUAAAUGUUGCACAGUAUCUGUGCUGUGAUACACAGAACAUUUGUGAAGUGCAAGCUGUGGCAUUUGUUACUUUUUCCAGUACUCACUCAAUUCCACUCAGGGUCAUAAGGGAGAGCUGGAGUCUUUUCACACACACACACACACACUGCUCACUGUGCACACAACCAUUGGCAAUGUAGAGAGUUUCUGGGAUGUGAAACAAAACUGGAGACCCCUGCAGAAACCCACAGUCACAGGGAUAAUAGGCAGACUUUGCACAUAAGGCUCCCCUUCUAGGACCCAAACCAGAGAACCAAGCAUACACUUACUAAAAACCUGUCAUACUUUUUAUCUGAAAAAGAGCACUGUGCUGUGAUUUGUGGUGUGAGUUUUAAAGCAGAAAGUCAGCAUUUGGUUGGUGUGUUAAUGUGGCAUGAGUAGUUUUUGUUGGGAAAUUGUAAGAGUAGGAUUUAAGUUCCCUAAAUUCUGCUGUAUAUUUGCCUAAAAAUUAUACUUCAGCUGAAGUCCACUGGCAGUAAAACAAUAAAGUCCUGCGAAAAUGCCAUAGUAAGUGGACUAUGUACCAUUAAAUAACCAGUUCAUUUCACUUAAAUCAAUCAGAAGUUAAGUUACCAGAGGAGUUGUUUCACUUACAAGACUGAUACUUAAAUACAUUGUCCAGCAGUUCCACUCAGAUUUAGGUGCAGUAUUACCCUUGACAGGUCCACAUUUAGACAUUUAAAACCGCUCAAGAGUUAACCACCAUAUACAGAUCAGUCACUUGGCAACUGGGUACUGACAGUGUCAGCACUUUCUAGAACUUAGAACUAUCUCAUGACUUUAUUUGUCCUUGAGUACUGUGUAAUAUUGGGUAUGAGGUAAGUAAGUCAGUGUCCGUUUCAAAUCAGCAAGAAACUAAGGAGCAUAGCCCCAGUUUCUUAACCCUGGAUCAGGGGCAAAGUUCAAAAAUCAGAAUUUUUUUUUAAAUAUUGGUACUACUAACUUGGAAAGGUGAUGGAAUAAAAGUAUAUGAAUCAAAAUGCAUUUUCUGAAGUGAAAGAAAUCUGUAUAAUGUUAUUUAUUGAGUUUAUUUACCACCUUUUCUUAAAAAAAUCACCAGUUUUAGGAGAACAAGAUGUUGAGCAAAAAUUGGGGAUAUCCCUGAAAGUCAGGGACAAUUGAGAGAGAUAUGCUGAACAGUAGUGGAGGUCAGAGCCAAUAAUUACUCGUGUUCUCUACCAACAGAAACCCAGGUUUUAACAACAGAUAAGGAUCACUUGAGCCAUAUGAUCUUAUUUCGGUUUACCAGUGAUGCACAAGGUGCUUAGCCAAAUUGCAAAUGCAGACUUUGCUUUAAACAAUGAAAUGUGAGAAAUGUAAUAACAAACGAUAAAAUGUAGUACAUUGUAAGGAUGUGUUACGAUCAUUGGCUUAGGAAACCUCAGCAGUAUAUAAAAUGCAAACCUUUGCAUGAUGCAAGUCUCAAAUUUCCUCGUUUUCAUUUCAACUUCUUUCAGUGUUUGCUGAAAAAUCUAGAUGUAUUCAAGAAUACACUGGUAUAAAAGGAAAUUUUGUAAUAUAUGUAAUUCAGCAUAUGCAUAAUAUAUUAAAAUAUGUUUUGUUGA